UCUUGACAUUUGUGUUUAUACCUGGACGUAACAGACAGGCGGCAACAUCACCAAACUUCACUCAAAUUUAACCUUAUGUUUAAGUAGUGAUAUUUUGUUAUUUCUAUUUUCUUGCGGAGGAACCAGUGGGUUAAGCUGGUCUGUGCCAAGUUUUCUGUUUUGCUGGUGUUCAUAUUACGAACAGCGUGCUGUUUUUGACGGAGGUCAGCGGCUUUCCAGUUGAAGCCAGUCAACUGACAAGAUGCUUGCCUCGGGUAGGACCGUGUCCUACCGGCUGCUGAGGCCAACCGCGUGGCUUCCUCUCCGGCUGAGCUCCGAGCGGACGGCCGCUAGCUCCCCGCAGAAAGAGUUGAUCAAGAAACAUGAACAGGAUGAGCUUCGCCCCCUCUACAUGGACUUCCAGGCAACCACUCCCAUGGAUCCUCGGGUGCUGGAUGCCAUGUUGCCGUACCAGGUGAAUUACUACGGUAACCCUCACUCCAGAACGCAUGCCUACGGCUGGGAGAGUGAAUCUGCCAUGGAGACCGCUAGGAAGCAGGUGGCUGAUCUGAUUGGAGCCGAUCCCAGAGAGAUCGUUUUCACCAGCGGAGCCACAGAGUCCAACAACAUGGCUAUCAAGGGUGUAGCCCGGUUCUACAAGGCCAAAAAACGUCAUGUGAUCACCACUCAGACCGAACAUAAGUGCGUCCUAGACUCGUGUCGGAUUCUGGAGUCCGAAGGAUUCGAUGUUACUUACCUGCCGGUCCAGAAGAACGGCUUGCUGGACCUAGAGUUGUUGGAGGCCUCCAUCCGUACUGACACCUCUUUGGUGUCGGUGAUGACCGUGAACAACGAGAUUGGAGUCAAGCAGCCCAUCAAGGAGAUUGGACAGAUUUGUCGCUCAAAAGGAGUCUUCUUCCACACUGAUGCUGCUCAGGCCGUUGGGAAGAUUCCCAUCAGCAUCUCUGACUGGAAGAUCGAUCUGAUGUCCAUCAGCGGUCACAAGAUUUACGGACCCAAAGGUGUGGGUGCGUUGUACGUGCGUCGCAGGCCAAGGGUGCGUUUGGAGCCAAUACAGAAUGGUGGCGGACAGGAGAGGGGGCUGCGCUCUGGCACUGUCCCCACCCCACUGGCUGUUGGACUGGGAGCGGCCUGUAGCAUUGCCCAGAAAGAGAUGGAGUAUGAUCAUCAGCGGGUGUCCAUGCUGGCUAGUCGUCUGGUCCAGAAGAUCAUGUCUGAGAUUCCUGAUGUCAUCAUGAAUGGAGAUCCAGAACAGCGUUACCCUGGCUGUAUCAACCUUUCUUUUGCCUACGUGGAGGGCGAGAGUCUGCUGAUGGCACUGAAGGAUGUUGCUCUGUCAUCAGGGAGUGCAUGUACUUCAGCGUCUCUGGAGCCGUCGUACGUCCUCAGAGCUAUUGGAGCAGAUGAAGAUCUGGCUCACUCUUCCAUCAGGUUUGGUAUUGGCAGGUUCACCACUGAAGAAGAGGUUGACUACACAGCAGAGAAAUGCAUCGAGCAGGUCCGCAGACUCAGAGAGAUGAGUCCUCUGUGGGAGAUGAUUCAGGAAGGUAUCGACCUGAAGAGCAUCAAGUGGACGCAGCAUUAGAUUUCUCCCACUUCUUGCCCACUUCGACAUGAUAGUUUCCAAAAGACUGAGGGAACAGACCAGCUUUUUCUUCCUGUAAACAAACACGCACAAACUCCCUGUCGGACUUGAAGUCUGUCUGUAGCUGUAGCUCAGUGUCUCUGUAGAAGCUCCUCCAGUUGCUCUCUCAGGAGAUGUUGCUCAGACAGUUGACCAACGCACAGCAAUCUCUUCUUUUUCUUCUGUUGCCCAGAAGGUUGCUUCUUUAUCUCAGAUGAAACGUUUACAGAGGCUGUGACACGCUCUGAGAUCUAAGAUGACAUUCAUGAGAAGUACAUCCUCUUUAUUUGUCUCAAACAAAAUCUGGUAUUGAUUGUGCGACAUAUCCAUCAGUGGCUAAUUUGGGGCUUUGAUGAACAAAGACUGCCCGCAAAAAAAAAUUUGAGACAGACAUCCAGGACCAUGUUUUCACAGCAGGGCUACUCAAACAAAGCAGUUAUUCAGAAUACAAUAGUAAAAGAUAUACCAGUCGGCACAUGUCAUAUUUUUUAAUAAAGGUUAGGGGAAAACAAAUUUGUGGGCACACACACAAACCAAAACAAUUGGUUGUAAUGUGAAAAAGGAAAAAAAAAACUCUCUCUAUGACUAAGAAGAAACCCUUUUAUACUUACUCAUAUGUCUCUGUCCUUAUUAUUUUUUUCUAAAAACAUUGCAGCACUGUAAUCAACUAUGCAUCCAUCGCACAAUCUGAUAUGCAUCAGUAUCUGUGACCAAGAUUUGUCUAAAACUGGUCUUGCACAGUGUGACAGACAUGCAGUAAAUGGCACAGAGGCGCUUUUAAUCUGACUCUUUAGGUGAUCUGACUCCACUUAAUCUAACAUCUUGAUGACUGGUAUCAUGAAGCUGGUUAACAGACAGCUUAGUUUACACUUGUUUCCCUAAUGCGCUCGUGAGCGUAUCUGGGAAAUGGAAGUUACACGCAGUACAGUCCAAAUCAUGAAGUGGUCAAUGUGGCAAGGAACAGUGAAACUUGUAUUACUGAGUAGCAAAUGGUGAUAUUAAGCAGGUUAAAAUGCAACAUUGUUUCAUUAUGACACUUCAAUUAGUAGAAGCUUUGUAGGCCCACACAUUGUAGCUGUGUACUGUCAUCUGUCAAAUAUAUCUCAGAUAUGUAGUGUAAAAGACUUCAAACUGGAGUGAAACGGAAUAUUGAAAACCUGAAAAGUCUUUUAAGCAGUCAGUAUGCCGGGGCUAAUGGCAAGUGUGUUUCCGUAGCCCUUUGAUUCUUUGAAUUCCAGUAAUCACCCUCUCUGCAGAGCCAAAGAGCUACGCAGAAAGACCUGAUCAGACAUUCACACAACUAGAAGAAAAUAAUUUAUAAUUUACUGAGUCAAGCAGUUGUUUAAACAUCCAUUGGUGUUUGAACAAGCAGUGAGUUCAAUGAUCAACAUGCAUCUUUUUCCGGGUUUUAUUUUAAACUUUAAAAGGAUCUUAUAUCCAGCGAUCCAACUGACCAAUUGAUGACAAGUUUUGAUAUUAUCUUGAGAAUUAACCUGCUGUGGAGAAGCACGAAUAUACGUGUGACCAACACAGUUACUGUUUACUCUUGCUAAAUGUGACCGAGCUUUGUGAUACCGUCACACUCACAUUAAACCCUAAGAUAGCCACAUAAAUUAGGAAAAAAUAAAACACGGGCAACAAUCUAAGCGAUAAAAGAAUCGGAACAAAGCUGUGUUGCUUCAGCAAAGCUGGAAAGAGCAACUGAAGGCAGCAGGAUGUGAUGAUUCACCCAGUAUUUAUUUGAGUCAGACCUUUUCACUAGAGAUUUACAGGCUUAUCUCUCCAGCUCUGUUCAUAGGUUAUAAACUGCCCUCUCUGUGUCAUGCUCUUGUCUUAUCAUCCCACAUCAGCGUUUAUUGUUCAUUCGGUGGUAGCAUGUUGGCGUAUGAUCAGCAGUUCUCAGUGAAAUAUCCAACGAGACAGUGUUAGCAGCAGCGGUUUCAUUGUUCUGUUAGUCAGGAACACUCUACAAGUCUGCAGCCCUGAUUUUUAAAGUCAGACUUCUGUCACAUGUGUCCGUGGCUUAUGACAGGAAAUACAAGAUGAUUGUGAAAAUCUAAACAAAAAUAAACAAUUGGUUAAAAAAAUGUGGGUCUCUAAGACUACACUAUCUGGGGGGAUUCUUGUAUUGUGUUCUUGGAUGUAGCCAGAGCCUCUUUUUGAUAUAUUUACUCGACUCCUGCAUCUACUGUCUUCUACUGUUACUCGUCAUUGCACAUUAGUAUCCAAUAAAAUUGCUGCUUCUGGUUAUGCCAUCAA